AUGAAGGCGUGGUGUGUCUCACUUUGGCCCCCCAUCCUGAUGCUCAUUCUGUGCUCAGUGCACACCAACAGUCUCAAGAGGUGUCUGAUUUCUGUGGACAUGCGCUUUAUUGAAAAGAGUUUCCAGGGAAUCAAAAGAGCGCUGCAAGCUAAAGACACCUUCCAAAAUGUUACUGUCCUGUCCAUCUUGGAGAGCCCGAAGAACAUUAAGCCUGCAGAUGUGUGCUGCGUGACCAAGCACCUCCUGACGUUCUACCGGGACAGGGUGUUUCAGGAUCAUCAGGAGUCAAGUCCCCAAAUCGUGAGAAAAAUCAGCAGCAUUGCCAACUCAUUCCUCUACAUGCAGAAAACGCUGCAUCAGUGUCAGGAGCAGAGAUGGUGUCACUGUAGCCAGGAAGCCACCAACGCAACCAGAACUGUCCAUGACAACUAUGAUCAGCUGGAUGUCCAUUCUGCUGCCCUUAAGUCCCUGGGAGAGCUGGACAUCUUUCUAGCCUGGAUUGACAAGAAUCACCAGGAGACUUCUGCUGCUUGA